AUGAAGGAAAUGUCCUGCUUCUGCAUGACUUUCUCUUCCUUGUUGGAACAGAUGGUGAAGGCUUACAAAUACAUGACUGGUAUUUUUUCAGUGACUCAUACCUCAGAGCAACAGGCUUCAGAUCGUGAUAAGCAGCCAACCAAGAUGGAUGUAAGCUUACUCGAGGAGCAGUAUGACCAUACAAAACAGAAGCAAAAACUGCAAUCACACAUUAUUGUAUUUAAAACAGGUGAACAUGAAUCUGUUCUCCCAGAAUCAAUGGUCAACGCUGUUUUAAUUAAUAAAAGUGUUAGAAAAUCAAAGUCAUUUACAGAAUGUGUUCCUGUCAGAAAGGUCAGACUGGAGAUGGCCAGCAGUGGCAACGUACAAGACAACUCACCAUGGCGUACCCACCUGGGAAUUCACCGCCUGGUGCAAGGCCCUCGUCAAGGAGUUACCUGGGAUCUUUCCCACUGCAAGGACAGUCCGUGCAGUCCUGACAAUCAGAGGCUGAUUUCACAGGGGAAUGGCACAUUGCAACACAAGGAGUUAGAAGGAGCAAGAGAACUAUCCACGCUCAGUCAGCUGGGAACUUCAAGCAUGUUGAACAGUUCCAGCAAAGAGAACGGCAGUAACAUUUCAAGCACCUGCCAAAAGCCUCCUCUGACAUCAGCUACUUCAACCACGUGGACACAUCAACAUACUACUACUACAAAAUGCAUGCCAGCCUGCAACAAACUAAACUUUUACCCUUUCCCCAAUAAAAAAGGACCGAGAAUUUCUGAAGCAGCAAGGAGGCUUGGAUUAUAUGUCUCACAAUGAAGAUAUUCAGUAAGAAAUAAAAAUCAGUCAAAAACUUCUCUAAAACUUAAAAUAGCAAAAUAGUCUUCCUAGUUACACUGAUCAACAUGCUGAAGGUCUAGUAAUCCUAUUAGCCAAGGACGAUCCUUGCUAUAUAAUCUGAUAUUUUACUGUACAGUGUAAAAUGAGAUGUUCUCAUGAAGAUGCUGGGCUGCAAUGACAGAUACUCACUUCUGUUAUUCAAGAUAUCAAGAGCAAUGUUACCUUUUAUUUUUCCUUCCUUAUUUUCAGGUUACUGAUUUUAGAAAUGAAGAUUUUAUCACAGCAAUAUUUGAAAUAUCUCAAAUAGCUACAGCAAAGACUAGUAGAACUACUGAUGAAGCAACUAGUACCAUACUGAAAUUUAGUCUAUUUAAUUAGACAGUAAACAAGUAAUAAAUGAAACAGUAUUGACGGUGUUUGGUACAUUUAA